AUUGUCAGUUGGCUGUGCUACUCUCUCCAAACAUAACCUCAAAAACUUCACGUUAAUUUCUAUUUUCCGUGUUUGAUUUCAUAAAAUGGCUUAUUUCAGCGGCUUAGAAAAAUUUGCCAUAGUGUUCCUCGUAGGUUUACUGCUGUAUUUAGUAAAAUGUGUUGUUAGUUUAGUGUACACUUAUGUCAUCGGACCGGCAGUGAAUAGAGUGGAUUUCAAAUCGAAGGGAAAGUGGGCCUUGAUAACGGGCAGUACAGAUGGCAUCGGAAAAGCUUAUGCGAGGGAGUUGGCUUCUCGGGGCUGUGAUAUCGUUCUAGUCAGUCGAUCAAUAGACAAAUUAAAAUCUACUGCUGCUGAAAUUGAGAGCGAGUUCAAAGUGAACACGAAGAUAGUUCAAGCGGACUUUUGUGAAGGCGAAAGCGUUUACGACAAGAUCUCGAAGGAGAUAGCCGAUAUCGAAAUUGGCACUCUAGUCAACAAUGUCGGUGUUUCCUACACCUAUCCGGAGUACUUCCUUGAAAUACCCGAUUGGGAUCAGUCAAUCAACAACAUGGUCAAAGCCAAUGUGGUGUCAACAACUCGUAUGACGGGUCUGGUGUUACCAGGGAUGGUGCAGCGAGGAAAAGGGGUGGUGAUCAACAUUGGAUCUGGUGCUUCCAUCAUACCCAGCCCUCUGCUUACUGUAUAUGCUGCUACCAAGGCUUUCGUCGACAAAUUCACUGAAGGCCUGGAUAUGGAGUACAGCAAGAAGGGCAUAAUUGUACAAUGUGUUUUACCAGGCUUUGUCUGCUCCAAAUUAUCUGGUCUACACCGUAGUUCGCUAAUAGCACCCACCGCGCAAUCUUUCGUCAAAUCUGCUAUCAGUCUUGUUGGCACCACCUCAAAAACCGCUGGAUAUUUUCCUCAUGCUCUGUUCUUCUUUGGAAUCAACUCUUUCUAUGCCAUAGCUAAUAGAUUUAGCGUAUGGCUGGUCACCAGGUCUAUGGAGAAUACACGCAGGAAGGCUUUGAGAAAGUACAAAAAACAAUAAUUUUUACUAGAUAUUAUUGGUAGUGAUUCUGAUGGCAAUGAAAUUUUAGAAAACUUACAUCUUUUUCUUAUUAUAAUAAGAAAAGGACAGACAAAAAUUUUAAUUUGAAACUGUCAAAUCUCGUGACUUUAGGUGAGAGUCUUGCACAGUCAUAGUGUUUUAAGUUAGAUUAAAAUUUAAAGUGUUUAAUAAUUUUAAAUCGAUUUUCCGUUCUUUUUAUGCAAUUCUAAAAAGAAAAGGAUGCAAAUACUCCAUUAAUUUGGUGAAAGCCAUCAGAAUCAACGCCAUUGUAGUUUAAUUGGGCAUUACCAAUUAGAAAAAACUAAUACUUACUAAAAUGAUAAUAAUAUGUACAUGUUUAUAUUUUCACCCACUUCCUUUUGCAUGUUGUUUUUACCAAAGAUGUAAAUAUUUCGUUUUAAAAAUGUUUAGUUUAAUGGGCACUAUUAUUCAAAGCGGGUGAAUUGAUUGGAUUUAUAAAUUGCUUCCUCGAAGUUAUAAUCGUUUACAUCUCUUUAUUUUAUUUUUAUGGCUUUUAAGAAAAUGGGAAGGUAGGUAAGUCAUUUACGGGCUUAUGUUUAUUUUGCAUAAGCACAUUAAGCCACCCGGUACCUUUAUUUUGUAGGAAUGAUGAAAAGAAGUAAAUAAAAAAUGUGAAAUACGAGGAACUACCAAAAGACAGUUUUAUGGCUUAGGCAAUUCUACUUAAUUAAGUUAUUGAAAAGUUCACACUGUAUUCACGGGAAAUGUCUAGAAAAGUAAUUUUUAACCCCCGACC